AGGGCCAGCUCCCGGCGGGGCGGGGCGGCCUCUCCCUCCUCCUCCUCUCUCAUCCCUGGGGGGCAGCGAGCUGCCGGGGGUCACCCGGAUAAAAAUGGCCUCUCGGCGGAUCACACGGGAGACGUUUGAUGCUGUAGUGCAGGAUAAAGUUAAAAGGUACCGGAUGGAGCGGGGUGAUGCUCUGCAGGACACGAUCCAUCAUUUUAAAGCUCAUUCGAGGCCCGUCCCACGACCACGAUACGAAGACAGCUUUCAUGAUGAUGGAAGAUACCCUCUUGACAACACCCAGCACCACCCCCACGAUGAGUGGAGUGAAGACCCUCGGGAGGAUUACCCAGGCCCUUCCUACAGAUCCACGAGUCCACUCAUCAGGAAAGAGAAUUAUUUCCAGGAACAGUUCGGCCGCUCGGCCUCUCGGGACCGGGAAUUCGGCCACCCAGCACCUCAUGACCGGGAGUACAGGCACCCAGCUUCACACAACCAGGAGUACAGGCACCCAGCUACACACAACCAGGAGUACAGGCACCCAGCUUCACACAACCAGGAGUACAGGCACCCAGCUACACACAACCAGGAGUACAGACACCCAACUUCACACAACAGGGAGUACGGGCGCCCGACUUCUCACGACCGGGAGUACGGGGGCCUGGUUUCUCACGACCAGGACUAUGGCCCUCCUGACUCUUGGGAAUCUGCUGGACCCCAUGAAACUGACUUUAGUUCUUCAGAUAUUUUGGGUGAUUUUAGGUCGCCAGGACUCAUGGAAGAUGAAUAUGGCAACGUGGAGAAUCAGGAGUAUGAGGUGGACUUUGGAAUUCCGUCGGACGGCGAGUUCCGACCCCCGAUGCGGAGAGGCAGCAUGGGCAGGGGGAGAGCUCUGCGAGGGAAACGUCUGACAAGGGGUGCUGUUAAAACAAAAGUAUUCAAAGGGGAGAUCAAAAGUCCCCUAAAGAAAUGGAACCCCAAAAAACUGCCCCUGGGCCCUGACCAGAAGCCAGACCUGCAACCUGACCAACCACCAGAGGCUGCAGAGCGACCCAACCAGAGGCCGGUGACCACCCAGCUCCCUAACCAAAAGUUACCUCCACGACCUAAUCAGAGGCCAACCCUGACAACCCAGAGACCUCUUCUUAGGCUCCAAAAGCCUGCGCACGUUUUCCGAAACCUCAAUUUUGACCUCGUGGACAAAUCAGACAUUUUCUCAACGUUUGGGAUAGAGAUUAUAAAGUGGGCUGGGUUCCACGCCAUAAAAAACGACGCCGAGUUUUCCCGGCUCUUUGGAGCUCUCUUUGAGCUGGAGACAGAAACCUGUGCAAAAAUGCUGGCUUCCUUCAAAUGCUCCUUAAAGCCAGAACACAGGGAUUACUGUUUCUUCACCAUCAAGAGCUUACAACACGCUGCUCUGAAAACUCCCAAAGUGGACAACGAGUUUUUAAACAUGCUGUUGGACAAGGGUGCUGUGAAAACAAAGAAUUGUUUCUUUGAGAUCAUCAAACCUUUUGAUAAAUACAUCAUGAGGCUCCAGGACCGCCUCCUGAAAGGUGUCACCCCUCUGCUCAUGGCCUGCAAUGCUUAUGAGUUGAGCAUUAAAACCAGUGGGUUUGGUAACCCAAGAGAAAUGGCAACUGCUUUUGAGACCACUAUCUCUCUCUGCCGUAAGUCUUUAGCACUUCUGGGUCAGACCUUUGCCUUGGCCUCUGUUUUUAGGCAAGAAAAGAUCCUGGAAGCUGUAGGGCUCCAGGAAAUGGCACCAGCACCAACACUGUUCCCAAACUUUGAUGAUUCGACGUUGUUUGGAAGAGAGUACAUUGAGAACUUGAAGGCUUGGUUGGAGAAGAGUGGGUACCCAAUUCAGAUGAAAAAACCAGAACCUGAGUCCAUGGGGCAGCUCCAAAAACCUGACACGAAUGUUACAACCCCCCAGCGAGCUGAUCAGAAAGUUGUGGAAAUAAUUGACCAGCUGGUGACCAGCAUUGUUUCAGGAACCUUGUCUGCCAAAGAGAGAAAUGCCCAAAAGAACUGUCCUGAAUAUUGGUUCUUGUCUGAUGAAGAUAGCCUAGAAUACAAAUAUUACAGACUGAAGUUAGCAGAGAUGCAGAGGAGGCCAUCUGGAAAGGAAGGUGGUGAGGGCAGAACACUUGAAGAAGCUGCCACAGAAUCAGUCAGGGCCAUGCUGUAUGCCAGGAAAGUUGCAAGUAUUAAGAGAAGGUUAUUUAAAAGAAAAAGGCUUGGGAUUGGCACACAACAUGGCACUCGAGGAAGGAAGGGGAGGAGAGCAACCAUUGGGACACAGACUCUGCUCUCAGCUGGUACAGUGCUGAAACACCAGGACAAGCAACUGCAAGGGUCAGGCCAGUCAAAGCCUCCUGUGCCAGAGAGCAGCCCAGCUGAGAAGAAUUCUCCCCUCCAUACCACCUCAUCCUCACAGUGUGCCACCAGCUCAGAGGGUUCUCUGCCAGCAGAAGAAAGGGCAGAUUCCAAGGAUUUGUUGGAUUCCGAGGAUUUGUUGGCACCUCCUGAACUUUUCCCACCUUUGUCCUCUCAGUUCCCUGAUGUGGAUGCUAAAACAAUGGAAACUGCUGAGAAACUUGCCAAGUUUGUUGCUCAGGUAGGACCUGAAAUUGAGCAGUUCAGCAUAGACAACAGUGCAGACAACCCAGACCUUUGGUUUCUGCAGGACCGAACCAGUUCUGCUUUCAAGUUUUACAGAAUGAAAGUCUAUGAACUGUGUCCAUCUAUAAACUUCAGUGCUGGGUCAGAAGCAGCUGAUGCUGGGGAGAGUUCUAAGCCUGAAGAGAGAAACGUGGAUAUUUCAGAGGAGGAAGAGGAUGAGGAAGAAGAGGAAGAAGAUAACGAGGAGGAGGGCGAGUUUGAGGAAGACACCUCCCAGCCUUUGGAAGGAAUGGAAACGGAGCAAACGGAGGAGGGAGAAGAGGAUGACAUCUCAGCAGGUAGAAGUGUGGAAAACCUAGCUGAAGAGAUGAUUGCCAGGACAGGAGAGGAAAUUUCAGCAGGUGAAAUGCAGCUAGCCACCUCCUCUGACAGUGCUGUACCAAAUCUGUCGACACAGGCAUCAGCUCCUGCUCCUGGCACCCUGUUUCCCCGCAAACGAAUCAGCAGCAAGUCUCUGAAAGUUGGUAUGAUCCCUGCCUCUAAAAGGAUCUGUCUCAUAGAAGAACCAAAAGUGCACGAACCUGUCAGAAUUGCUUAUGAUAGGCCUCGUGGUUGCCCAGUCACAAAGAAGAAGAAGAAGCCAAAAGAUUUAGAAUUUUCACACAAGAAACUGACAAACAGGAACGUGGGUUUCCAGAUGCUUCAGAAGAUGGGCUGGCAAGAAGGACAUGGCCUUGGGACACGAGGAAAAGGAAUCAGAGAGCCUGUCAAAGUGGGUGCUACCUCUGCAGGGGAGGGCUUGGGUGUUGCAGGGGAAGAAAAUAAAGAAGAUGCAUUUGAUGUUUUCCGUCAAAGAAUGAUACAAAUGUACAGGCAGAAAAGAGCAAGUAAAUAGGUCUGACAUAAGAGACUGGCUCGCUAGGAAGUGCACGGAUAUGCAAAGGCUGCUGUGUGAAAGAUCUUCAGCCAAGUAUGCCAGUAUGAAGAGCACUUUGUUCUCUAGUAGUGGACUUGAAUAUUAAUGUAUUAAAGCGUUUUCCAAGAUGAAAGUUAGUCUUGUGUUUACUUGUGCAAGCUAACCACUUGGAUGCCAUCUUCUGAGGAAGAAACACCUGACUUUGUUCUCAGAAGUGCCUGUUUACCUCUCUCUUUGGCCAAGUUUGCCUGUUUGGUGAUGAGAUGGCUUCCCAAAAACCCCAGAAAAAGCAACAUGAAACGUGUGGUUUGGCUCUGAUCCUUUCUGAAGCCAAGAAUCUUCUCAAAUUCAGAUCUUCUUGCAAGGCAGUUCAGAUUUUCUUUUACUACAUUUUAUUGAUGGGCUAAUCUUCUGCAUAAAGCAGUUUCCUUUCCUCCAAACACCACUUCCAAGAUGAGUCCACCUGCAUGCUUGCUUUGUAGAUGGUUCUAGACUUUAAGAGCAGGAUGAAUAACUGAGUUCAUCCACGCCUGAAAGCACUAAACUCUUCCUUGAAAUCCUCAGCUGCUGAAGUUUUUCAUAAUAAUGAACAAGUAGUACAUGUUUUAUGUGUACUUUUGGGUUUUACACAAAUUUGCAGCUCUUCUCCAACAAGUUCUUGAAUGAUUUCUUUCCUCUCAAAGAAGUUUAAACCAGGAGCAGGUGAGAUCCAUCUGUCUGCAGAAAAUACUAAGGAAAUACUUGGAAGUAAGAUAUUUGGAAAUCACCUGGAAAUGGAUCAUCAGUUUAUAAGGCCAUCAGUAUAGUAAUUUCUGUUUCUAUUAAAUAUUUGCUUUGCCAGAAGUUCUUUUAUUGAAAAAUCCCAAGAAAUAAGACAAAAAAAAAACCUUAAAAAAGGGACUAUUCCAGAACUUCCUGACAGAGAAGACUGAAUGCUUCAACAACUGCAUUAAGAAGACUUAAUGCAGUUAAGCAUUGCUUAACUGCUUGGUGAAGCAGUUCUGAAGACAAGAAAGAUUUCACAGUGUUACCACAAACACUCAAGGUCCAAUCAUUCAUCUUGUCCUGACUUGCACCUCAAUAAGGGAUCUGGGACUGGAAUCACCGAAAGUGACAGAAUUUAGUGUUGCACUUUUUAGUGCAUUCAUUCUUCAUCACCUUUCUAAACUAGUCCAAAGCCUUCACUUGAAUGUUGUAGUAUCAGAACCUACUUCACUGAAGUUCUCUUUGAAGAGUUGCUCUUGACCUGAUGCAUGUUUUGCUUCCCAGGAGUGAGCUUGUCUUGCUGUUGUUUUCAUCCUGCUUCUUGUAGAGCAAAGAGCUUGUGGUACACCACUAACACCACCCCCCAGAAAUGUGGCAGCAUCUCAACUCCCUAACUGACAAAUAUGCAAGAAAAUGUGGUCUUCAGUCAUCAACUUGCCUGUGCCUGCUGGUUGAAGAACAAAAUGCUAUUCUUUCUCCAUUAAAAGCCCCUGCUGGUUGAAAGGGAGUGUCUGCAUUUUUGUUCUGUAGCAAUGCAACUUCUCCUUGCUUUGGAGCAACCAGUUUUAGUUUACCAAUGCAAGUUGGUUUUUUGUUUUGGGUUUUUUUUCAUUACUGUAUGGGUCUUUGAAACCAAAAUCAUGUCAUUUUGCUGAGCACUCAGUUUUAGCUGCCUUGAAGCACAUACUCACUAAACAAAACCACGAUGGCAGAUACAGAAGAAUACACUGAUAGUUCUGUUUUCCUGUGAACAUCACAGGUUUCUUCACCCUUACACUACAAGAACUUGAAGCAUGAGGGCUAUAAAUACUUAUAAAUUUGGUUGUCACACUUGAUUAAGGCCCCUUGAGAGCCCAGACAUUUCUCAGAGGCUUUACUUGGAGAUGUUGAAAGUCCUUGCACAUUUUGGACCACAGGCUACUUGGAAGAUCAUCAAUUGCAGGAUUUGGCAGUGUCUGUCUACCUGUUAAGUUGCUGUUUGGGUGUUUCUCACUGCCCUUCUUUCCUUCCUGUGCCUAUUUAGCAGUUUUCCAGUGUAGAACUUGAACCUUUGGAAAAGGAGCUCCAUCAGUCCCAGCCUGGCACCAGUAUUCUGAUUUAUUCCUCAGACCCACUCAACGGGUUCAGCUUUCCUUUUAGUUUCAGUGAUAAAGCUGUUGCUGUCCACACUUUUGAGUUCACCUCUUCUUUCCCAUUUCCAUUUUGGAAGGAUUCUUUGGGUCUGAGUUUGCAGAAGGGCACAAGCUGGAGCUUCACACUGGAUUGAAAUCCACCCUUUCAGCCCAAGCUCAAACCUGAGGCUGUUGUGGGACCUUUUCAGGGUGUUGUUUGCCAAACACUUGCUUCCCCAACCUGGGAAAACUGUUGGAAAAUGGGAUCAUCCUUCCUCAGGGCAAUUCCAUUCCGAUUGUAAUGCUGUCUUGAGAAGAAAGGUGAGCAUUGGGAAAAUCUUCAUCUGCUCCCCUGGAUGCUCUGUCUUUUUGUGCCAAACUUGAAUUUUGGCCAAGAAAUCAGCAGAGCAGUGCUGGUGCUGAGAUUCCAGUGCUGCUCUCACCUGCGUUACCAUUUGCCACUUUUAUCUUGUUUUACCAAGACCUCACACUCCUUUUGCAACAGGAAUUUCCUUUUAUUUUUGACCUGCUUUUGCAGGCAGCUUCUGAGUUGAAAGUUUUAACUACUUGUACAUGUGAAACAUUUGUUUUGCAGAUACCUUGCCUUGGUUCAAGUUUACUAGCUUCUUUUCUGUUAUUUUAGUUCCAGGCUCUCUUCCAUGAAGACUGCAAGCUUCAGUGAACAUUUUAACUAACUUCAGUGGUGUGUCUACUGUCUUUUGGUUGUUUCUUUGCCAUUAAUCUUGUAGAGCAAUUUGCUGGUUUCUGUUCCGUGCAAAUUGGGAGUAGUGCUCAGCUAGUGACAAUUAGAUGCUUAUGUUAAUUGGAUAACUGGCAUUUCUUUUCAGUGUAAGUAAACAUGUUAGCCUUGUUAAUCUUUUAAUAUCUGCAAUAAAUGUAGAACUAUACACUUUUUCUGGUUGCAAUGUUUUGCUUGUGAAUUUGGCCAUUUGUAAGAGAUAUGCAUCAUUUUGGCACUACCAAGUGGAACUCAGAUGAUUAAUUAGUGUCAAGCAGGAUUUUCUGGUGUUCAAGGAGGGUCCCUCUGUUUCUGUGCUGCUAAAAGUCUCUGUUGAGAAUACCCACUAAAUCUUAGUUACUUUUUCAUGUAAAAAAAAGUAUUCUUCUAGUGUAUUAAAUCUGUACACACCAGUGUUACUUUCCACAUGAAUCCCCAAACCAUUGUGCCCCAGACAGAAUGCAAAUUUCACCUUUUUUUAUUCACAUAAUCCCAGGAUUUAAUUGUCUCUCUGAUUUUCUUGGCGUACUGACUUCAGAACAGCUAAACUUUCCCUUUACAUCUCUGCGUGCUUUAUUGUUGCCUUUUAAAUUCAAAUUCCUUUUUUUUAGGCAGGAUAUGAGGGGGAAAACUGCAAGGAACUGAGAUGUAAAACACUUGUGCAGCUGCUUUCUAUCCAGAGGUAAAGUGAGAGUGUUCAUUUGUGAGAGAUCCCAGCCAGGACUCCUCACCCUUUCAUACUGACAGCUAGGAAAAGCUUGAGAGAGGCAAAUUCAAGCCCUGGUUACAACUUUUUCUUCCUUUUCCUUCAAAGAUUUAUUAUAGGUAAGGAGCUGGUUCUAGAAGAAAGGACAUUUGCUCUCGUUGGAGAGAAAUUAGGAGAUCCCCAUUUUGGGGGAGAUGCCCUAACAGAGAAUUCCAGUGAAUAAUCCACUGGUUGGAGUAAUUGUGUUGGACUAAAAGAUAUCUUUCCCUCUUUUUUUUUUGUUUUUCCUUCAAAGCCUUUCUUUGGUGUAACACCAAUGCCAUUUUUUCCUCUUUAUUUUUCUUUUGUUUUUUUAGAAGACACUACAGCAUCCUUAGUGUGAACACUUAAUCUCUGCUGAGAUAUUACUCCUCAAAAUCAAUGUACAGUUUUUUUUUCCUGUUGCUGUUCCAUUUUGCUUUAAAAUUAAUCCUGAUGGAUUGUACCCCAAAGGAAGUCUGGCCUCAGAAAUUCAAAUACUCUUCUCUUGGAUUCUUUUCUAUCCUACAACCAGGUAUAUUUUCUAAUUAAAAAUGAAUUCCUGAUUGUCUUGCAUCACCUUGAAUUCUGCAUAUCUCAUGACUGAGUGGCCAAUCACAACCAGACUGUAGAUUUGAGCAAUAAUAAAACACCUCGACUGAAAAUAUGCUCAAAAACAAUAGGGUACUUCUGAAAUAAAUAGUUUUUUUGUGAACCUUGUUAAGUAGGUAACUUGCUGAAUUGCAGCAAGGGUGGAAAAUGUUUGCAUUAUCUGUGGGCAAUAAAGUUACUGCUGUUU